AUGCUAAAUUGUAUACAGCUGUGCGAUGGAGGAUCGGUGACUGAUCUCGUGAAAGGAUUUCUGAAGAGGGGGGAGAGAAUGAGUGAGCCUCUAAUUGCCUAUAUUUUACAUGAAGCACUAAUGGGACUUCAGCAUUUGCAUAAGAACAAAACAAUCCACCGAGAUGUAAAAGGAAAUAACAUUCUGUUGACCACAGAAGGUGGAGUUAAACUAGUAGAUUUUGGUGUGUCUGCACAGCUCACCAGCACCCGGCACCGGCGGAACACAUCUGUAGGGACACCAUUUUGGAUGGCUCCUGAGGUGAUUGCAUGUGAACAGCAAUUGGAUACCACUUACGAUGCCAGAUGUGACACUUGGUCCCUGGGUAUCACGGCCAUUGAGCUGGGUGAUGGAGACCCUCCGCUAGCUGACCUGCAUCCCAUGAGAGCGCUCUUCAAAAUUCCAAGACAUGAACGUAUUCACACCAAGAAAGGUAACUUCAACAGAUCUCUAAUUUCCAGGCUGAAGGAUGUAGAUGAUUUAGCAACCCUAGAAGUUUUGGAUGAGCAUUCCAAACUAUACAUUGGAGCAAAGAGAACUGCCAAUCCUCCUCAUAUUUUUGCAAUGGCUGACUUAGGAUAUCAGUCUAUGAUAACAUACAAUUCGGAUCAGUGCAUUGUUAUUUCUGGAGAGAGUGGUGCUGGGAAGACUGAAAGUGCUCAUCUUUUAGUUCAGCAGCUGACGGUGCUUGGAAAGGCUAAUAACAGAACCCUGCAAGAGAAGAUUUUACAAGUGAACAAUUUGGUAGAAGCGUUUGGCAAUGCCUGCACUAUUAUAAAUGACAACUCCAGCCGAUUUGGAAAAUACUUAGAAAUGAAAUUUACCUCUUCUGGAGCUGUGGUGGGAGCACAGAUUUCUGAAUAUCUUCUGGAAAAAUCUCGAGUUAUCCACCAAGCUAUUGGAGAAAAAAAUUUUCAUAUUUUUUACUACAUUUAUGCUGGUUUAGCUGAAAAGAAGAAACUAGCCCAUUACAAAUUGCCUGAAAACAAGCCUCCCAGGUACCUACAAAAUGACCACCUCAGAACAGUACAGGACAUGAUGAAUAAUAGUUUCUAUAAGUCCCAGUAUGAAUUAAUUGAGCAAUGUUUCAAAAUCAUAGGUUUUACGAUGGAGCAACUUGGAAGCAUAUACAGUAUACUCGCUGCAAUCUUGAAUGUUGGAAAUAUUGAAUUUUCUUCUGUGGCAACCGAACACCAGAUUGACAAGAGCCACAUUUCUAAUCAUACAGCUCUGGAGAACUCUGCGUCUUUGCUUUGCAUUCAGGCAGAUGAGCUCCAAGAAGCUCUCACCUCCCACUGCGUGGUCACUAGAGGAGAAACCAUUAUACGACCCAAUACUGUAGAAAAAGCUACUGACGUCAGAGAUGCCAUGGCUAAAACUCUAUAUGGGCGUCUCUUUAGUUGGAUAGUCAACCGCAUUAACAGUUUGCUGAAGUAUGACUCAUUGCCAAGUGGGAAUGGUGAGGAGCUGAGCAUUGGCAUUCUUGAUAUAUUUGGCUUUGAAAAUUUCAAAAAAAAUUCCUUUGAGCAGCUGUGCAUUAACAUUGCAAAUGAACAAAUUCAAUAUUAUUUUAAUCAACAUGUGUUUGCGUGGGAACAGGUCCUCUAUAGUGCAAGUGGGUUCUUAGCAAAGAACAGAGACACUCUUCCGACCGAUAUCGUGCUACUUUUGAGGUCUUCCGAAAACAGUGUCAUUCGACAACUAGUCAGCCACCCACUGACAAAAACAGCUUUAAGUGAUUUUUGUAUGUAUCGUGACCUGCUGCAGAGUGAAUACCUAAAUGAAGACGUCGAUGCUAGAGUCAUUGAAUAUGAAGAUAACCGGCCCCUCCUAGAUAUGUUUCUGCAGAAGCCAAUGGGCUUGCUCUCCCUGCUCGACGAAGAAAGUAGAUUUCCCAAAGCCACCGACCAGACUCUUGGUGAAAUUGGAGACGCCACACGUCAUGCCAGAGAGACAACCAACAUGAAAACACAAACAGUGGCAUCGUAUUUCAGAUAUUCUCUGAUGGAUUUGUUAUCUAAAAUGGUGGUGGGCCAACCGCAUUUUGUCCGUUGCAUCAAACCAAAUAAUGAGCGUCAGGCAAGAAAAUACGACAAAGAGAAAGUUCUGCUACAGCUUCGCUACACAGGAAUUCUGGAAACAGCAAGAAUUCGAAGGCUGGGAUACUCACAUCGGAUUCUUUUUGCUAACUUUAUAAAGCGGUACUCUGUUCUCUGCUACAAGUCGAGCGAAGAGCCCCCCGUGAGCCCUGACACCUGUGCCACCAUUUUGGAAAAAGCUGGUCUCGAUAACUGGGCUCUUGGAAAAACAAAAGUAUUCCUUAAAUAUUAUCAUGUGGAGCAGUUAAAUCUAAUGCGAAAGGAAGCCAUUGACAAGCUUAUUUUGAUUCAAGCCUGUGUCAGAGCAUUCUUGGGCUCAAGAAGAUACCAAAAAAUACAGGAGAAAAGAAAAGAAAGUGCUAUCAUAAUACAAUCAGCGGCAAGAGGAUAUCUAGUCAGGAAACAAAGAAAACAGAUUGUUAACAUGAAAAACAUGGCGGUAACGACCAUUCAGACUUCUGAUCAGGAAUUUGACUACAAGAAAAACUUUGAAAAUAAAAGGGAAUCCGUUGGGAGGAAACAAACAGAAAAUGCAAUCUCUACUAAUGAAAGAGUCAUCCCACCUCCAAAUAAUAAAGGGAGCCCCGCUGUAAAGAAGAAUGCUACUUUCGCAGCUGAAGAGGAAGCCACUGAUGCUGUUGAGAGUAACAACAGAGGAUACCAAACUCUGAAAAAAAUCAACAAUGUGUGUGGAGAAGAGACUAAGCAAGAAUUGUACCUUGCGAGGGACCCUUGGGAAGAAGUAAGUCCCACACAGAAGUCUAUCAAAGACCUGGAGGAGAAGAGUAAGCUAAGGAAAGCAGAGACAGAGGAGGCUGGGACCCAGAGUUAUUACCAGAGGUACACAGAGGAGAAAAACUUUGAAGGGUCAAAGGCAGCAUAUCUAGAAAGGAAGGGUGUAUCCAAAAGGCCAAGCUACCCAGGACCUUGUUUAGCUGAGAAUGAGACUUCCUUUAAAAAGACUUUGGAACCUAGUCUCAGCCAAAGGUCAGUUGACCAAAAUGCAAAUAGCAAAGAAAAGGAAAAGAAGACCUCUGUGGUUACCCAGAGCGCACCGAUAUGCAGGCAGGAGAGAGGCCAUCUGAGACGUGGGAUUGACAAGGAGAGGGAAGUUGAACCGGUAGUUCAGGCCAAGGAAGAAGAUCAAGCAGCCGUGUUCAUUCAGAGCAAAUUCCGGGGUUACAAGACGAGGCAGCAAUUAAAGAAGGACAGGGUGUCGUCUUCUUUUAAGAAUCAAAAGAUCGUUGCAACACCAACAGAAGGAGCAAGAAACACUCACAAUGUGUAUCCUUAUCCCACAAAACGUGAGGAAACCGAUAAUAUCAAGAUGAAGGAUGACAAAGACUCAAAAGCAAUUUUAGAAAAAGAAGCAUGUGAUUUGGCAAUUUUUUCUAAACAGAUAUCAAAGUUAUCUGAAGAAUAUUUCAUUCUGCAGAAAAAAUUGAAUGAAAUGAUCUUGUCACAGCAACUGAAGCCACUUUAUGUGGGUGUCUCUCCCCAUAAGCCAAUUAAUAGACGGCUUUCUUCUCAGCAAUACCUCUCAGGUAACCCUAAAGGAGAAGAAUCAAAAAUGUUGAGACCCCCAAGACGACCCCGGAAACCCAAAACAUUAAACAACCCUGAAGACUCCACAUACUAUUACCUGCUGCAUAUAGAGGACAAGAAGAAUCUAAGGCCUUAUCGCCCUGGGUGCUGGGCGGCGGAGAGCCCCGAGGAGGAGGAGGAGGAGGAGGAGGGGAGCGGGCCGGCCGCCAGCCCGUACGACUACCGGAGACUGCUGCGCAAAACCUCCCAGCGCCGGCGCCUCCUCCAGCAGUCGUAG